CUUUUUUACAAAAUCCUUUAUUCGCAAUAACAACAUCAAUAUUCUAUACGCCAUAACAAACUCAGGCGAGAUUCAUCAUGGGGGAAUGGGUAACAAUGGAAACCGUCGUUAUGGCAGGAGCCCAACUACCAGCCAGUCCACCAGAACUAAACCGGGUCACUUCGCAAGGAUGCUUCAGCUCAAUAUCUGAUACAUCAACAUGGCUUUAUACGGACAGCGAGAUCAACACUGCAGAAACCUGCGCCAUGCGUUGCAAGUCUGAAAAGCAGAAGCCUGUAGCGCUAGUACGCAAAGCGAAAUGCUACUGCGCGGGCACAUACCCUCCUGCCAACACCCUAGUCAACGAUAGCGUUUGCAACUGGAGGUGUCGUGCGUAUCCUCGCUACGCCUGCGGUGGUUUCGAGCAGGAGGCAUAUAGUGUUACCAAUAGUGGCCUUGAACUGUAUCCUGGAUAUGGAGAGCAUGAACCUAUCCGUCUGGACCACGUGGAGACUCCUAUGAAAGGUCUUCAGAAGCAUUGGGGAUGUGUCAAAGGAACCCGGAGCGACGAUAUAAUGCAUGAACUGCCACGGAACAGUCCAGGGGCAUGCCAUCAGGCUUGCGAGGCCAGUGGCAAGAUGAUCUUGUUAUUGACUCGUAAUAAGUGCUUUUGCUCCGACUUCUAUCCAUCUUCAGAUAUGAUUGUCCCUGAGGGAAAGUGCGACAUGGCUUGUGUUGGCGACAAAAGUGCGGGCUGUGGUGGAUAUGAUUGGGAGAACUACGUGAGAGUUCUAGACGUCUACGAAGCAAAUUCCUGGCUCCUCAAUACGCAACAAAAGAAUCAAGCUCGACCGCUUGUCGAAGAAGAGGACUCAAUUCAGGGUACAUCGCCGCAACAACCUCUCCAGCUUUUCGACGCCCCAUCUCGGGCAUCCGGUAGUAACGCAGACCCUGAAAAAGAGUAUCUUACUCUCACAUUUUCUUCGGGCGUGCAGAUUUCUGCAUCGCUGGAAUUUCGACUCGGUAACUCACUUCCUGGAGAUUUGUGAAAUGCCUGUUUUGAAAAGUGGCAUGUCUCAAUCAGUUUCGGGAGUUGGGACAAUUCUAUCAUUAAAGGUGCAGCCUUACGUCUUAUGGCGACGGGAAAGCAUUUACUCAAUUGCCAUCUACACUGAUAAGUAGAGAGCGCAGGCGGCAGAUAAAUGGAAGGUUUUCGGGUAGACUCAUGUUCUGUCAUCACACCACUUCGACACAGAGCAGAUAAGCAAUUAUACAUAAAUAGAACGCGGAGUCAGG